UUUUUGUUUUUGGGUUUUUGUUUUUGUUUUUUUCUUUUUAUUUUAAUUUCUCUCCUCGUUUUAUUACUUUGAUAUUUAUCAUUAGCAUAGCGCCACUACGGCAAAUGUCAUUUCCGAUUACCUGCAACAUCUUUUAAUAGAUUUGUUAAACGUAACGUUAUAAAUAAUGUGCCAAAAAUUAAAUUGAACAUCGAACGAUCGAUUGGGCGCUCGAUCGUUAAGCGGAUUUCGUAUGCAAAGCAUGAAAAGAACUAAUUUUAAUCAUCGCAGAACCAUUGAAGUCAGCGGCCGGUUGGCAAAUGUGAACUUUGUCCUCUGCGCGGAGGGUCUUCACUGCAGUGUUAAUAUAUUUGUGGAAUUACAAAAUUGCAAUAAUUCUCUGGGUUCAAUAUGUAUUACUCGGCAUCAAGCAGUUAUCCAGCUUUUCGACUAAAUCCCAGUUUCAGUAAUAGAAUGGAUACGGAUGAUGUGGAAUCUACAUCGAGCAGUGCAAUGUCCAAAAUUGGUGCUCUUUUCACAUUCACUUCGCCUGCCGUUAAAAAACUUUUGGGAUGGAAGCAGGGAGACGAAGAAGAAAAGUGGGCUGAAAAAGCCGUCGACAGCUUAGUGAAGAAACUUAAGAAACGUCAAGGCGCCAUAGAAGAAUUGGAAAAAGCAUUAUCGUGUCCCGGGCAAUCGUCUAAAUGUGUGACAAUUCCGCGAUCUUUGGAUGGACGUCUACAGGUUUCACAUCGCAAGGGCCUGCCACAUGUCAUCUAUUGUCGCGUUUGGCGUUGGCCAGAUUUACAGUCGCAUCAUGAACUCAAACCACUUGAGGUGUGUCAAUAUCCCUUCAGUGCUAAGCAGAAGGAAGUGUGCAUAAAUCCGUAUCACUACAAACGAGUGGAAAGUCCUGUCUUGCCGCCAGUCUUGGUUCCGCGCCACUCAGAAUAUGCACCCGGCCAUCCAAUGCUACAGUUCAAUCCAAUGACCGAUUCCACUAUGCCACACAAUGUCAGUUACUCAACAGCUGGCUUCAAUGCUCAUUUUAGUCCCAAUAGUCCGCCUAUGGCUCCAGUUGGCAGCCCCAAUUCAGUGAAUUCUAAUCCUAAUUCGCCCUAUAGUAGCUUGGCAGAAACCCCUCCACCUGCUUAUAGUCCUUCAGAGGAUGGUAACUCUAAUAAUCCUAACGACGGUUCUCAAAUGCUUGAUGCUCCUAUGAGCGAGGUAAGAUAUAAGGAGCCGGAAUUUUGGGCUUCUAUAGCUUACUAUGAAUUGAACUGCCGCGUUGGUGAAGUAUUCCAUUGUAACAAUAAAGAAGUGGUAGUGGACGGUUUCACCAAUCCCUCGAAUAAUUCGGAUCGUUGCUGUUUGGGUCAAUUGAGUAAUGUAAAUCGCAAUAGCACCAUAGAAAACACCCGUCGCCACAUAGGUAAAGGCGUUCGUCUUUGUUAUGUAAGAGGUGAGGUGUAUGCUGAAUGUCUCUCGGAUUCGGCUAUUUUUGUGCAAUCUCGCAAUUGCAAUUACCAUCACGGCUUCCAUCCCAGUACGGUGUGCAAAAUACCACCAGGAUGCUCUUUAAGGAUUUUUAAUAAUCAAGAAUUUGCUCAAUUAUUGUCUCAAUCGGUCCAUAGUGGCUUUGAGGCUGUUUAUGAACUAACAAAGAUGUGCACAAUUCGCAUGAGUUUUGUCAAAGGUUGGGGGGCCGAAUAUCACCGACAAGAUGUUACUUCAACGCCUUGCUGGAUUGAAAUACAUCUGCAUGGUCCGUUACAGUGGCUGGACCAAGUGCUUACACAAAUGGGUUCACCCCAUAAUCCUAUAAGUUCAGUUUCGUAAGCUUACAUUUAUAAAUUAUGAAGGAAAAGAACAGAAAAACUUCCUGACGUUGACUAAAAAGUAAUUCAUUGAAAAAUAUUUUGUGCUGGUCUUGAUAAAUGAGAGGAAUGACUUAUGAAUUCAAUGACAUUAAUGACUAAUAGUCUAAAAAGACGUUUAAGGUUAUUUUCUGUAUCCUGUUUUGUGUUUAUAUAUUAAAAAAUACCAAAUUUUGUUUUAUCAUCCUUCUUCAAAGUCUUUUCUCAUUUAACUCUCUGUUUAAAGAGAAAAUUGUCCAACGCUAUUUCUAAUUGUAUUUGUGAUUAUAAUUUAAAAUAUUUUUUUUUUUUUUUUAAUUUCUAUCUAAUGAAUUUUAACAGCAAGGAAAAUUUACAUUUUGCUAAUUAAUUGUGUGAUUUCUUCUAAAAAUUGUAUGCGACGAAAUCGCAUGACAUAUUGUAAGUCCUAUUAAUGAGAGAAACUUUAAAUUAAGUCAUGACAUUUAACUUUCGAUCCGUUGGUUCAUAGAAAAAUGUACCUAUCUCUGGAGGCGCAUAACAAACAUUCAAUCCAUGUUAUGGUUUAUAUCUUUAAAUGUAAUUAUUUUUUAUUCUAGGAAUUUUAUCUGAUAACUUUUUGAAAAACUUUAAGAAAAAUUUCUGAAAAAUUGCAUAAACUCGAACGAAAUAUUAUAUUCUCUGUCAUGGGAUAAAAAAUGUUUCCUUUGCUCAUCAUGGCAUAAAUAUGUAAUGGAAACGAAAUUAUUCAAGUAAUUUCACAUAUACACUCACAUAUAAUAUAUGAGUGUAAAAAUAUGAGGUAAUAUGCAAAUAGAGUUGUUUUAAUUAAUCAUUUAAAUGAAGGAUGCAAAAGCUUAAUUAAAUACUGAAGGAUUGAAUAUGUAUAACAAAGGUUGACGAUAACUUUUGAAUGUCAAUGAUGUUGAUUUAGUUUUAGAAAUUCUCAUAAUAUUGCUUUGUGAAAUAAUGUACUUUUCAAUUUUGUUCUCUUAUGUGCCUUUUUUUUAUAAUUAAAUUUAAAAAUACUUAAAAUUUUUUUAAGACAUUGUUUUUUUUUUUUUUUUUUUUUAUCAAAUAUACACUUAUAGAAAUAUGCAAUUAAUCGUUUUAACGUGCAACAAUUGAUCUUCCUUUAGUUUUACAUUUUAUUUAUAUAAUUUUUUUUUACGUUUUUCUUUUUGGCUGAGACUAAAGUUACUUCCUUUU